UGUUUUAAAGAUGCUACUCUUGAAAUAAGUGCUUUAACUUAUCCUACACUUAGCUAUACUAUUUCUAUUUAUAAUUAUUUAUUAGAUUUAAUUAAAAAAUUUCUUAAUGAAGAUUCUUAUUCUAAUGAUAUUAUUAAUAAAACUAAAUAUAUGCUAAUUUUAAAUCAAAAUAAUAAUCAAGUAACUAAUAAACCUAGUAGACUUAUGGCUUAUAUAGUUAAAAAAAGAAAAUAUACAGAGCUUGAUGAACUUAUAAAAUAUUUACAAAAAUCUCCAUCAAAUUGUAAUAUAGAUAUAUUAACAUUUUGGAAGCUUCAUGAAAAAGACUAUCUAAAUUUAUCAAAAAUGGCUAGAGAUUUUUUAGCAAUUCUAG